UUUUGUCCAGUGCAUCCCCUUGACCAUGCCCUAAAAUAGAAGAACCAAACAAGAACAUCCUCCAACAUAGUAAGUGGAGUAAUUGCUAGUCGACGGGUUGACGCUGUAACAAUUGCGUUCCACCAAAAUUGACCAGAUUAACACCGUUAAAUUCCACUCAUAUCUUCCCUCAGUAGCAGCGUGGGCCCACGAUUAACAGGAACAAACGCUCCGCGGCUGUGCCGUUAAACCCAUGUCCGAACGAACAUCAUCACGCGUGUUUUAAAAUUCCACGAAAACUCCUUUCACAUUCUCCAACACAUAUAAGCCCUCGCCCCACGCUUAAACGCCAUUGCAUCAUCACUUAUUCCAUUUUUCCAGCUAGUCGGAAAGAAAGAAAGAAAGCUCUCAACAGACGCUUUCAUCAGAUCUGAUCUAACCCAACGAGUCAACUCGGAUUGUCCGUUCCAGAUGUCGACGACGACCACCCCCAUAACGACGUCGUACUGGUGCUACCGAUGCACCAGAUUUGUUCGGGUCUGGGCUGAGCAUAACGUUGUCUGUCCCUACUGCGACAGUGGGUUCAUCGAAGCUCUGGAUUCCAGUCCCCCCUCGCCGUUGCCGGAGUUCCCGAGAAGAUCCGACAGUGUCAACCUCAGGUUUCGCCGGAAUCGCCGGAACCGUGGCGACCGGUCUCCGUUCAAUCCUGUGAUAGUUCUUCGAGGACAAGCUGAAACUGUAGGAGAGGACGGUGACGGAGACGGUGGUGGUGGAGGAGGAGGAGGAGGAGAAAGAAGCUACGAGCUGUAUUACGAUGAUGGGACCGGGUCGGGCCUCAGGCCACUCCCCUCGAGUAUGUCGGAGUUUUUAAUGGGCUCCGGGUUCGACCGUUUACUCGAUCAACUGGCGCAGAUUGAAGUCAACGGAUUAACAAGGCCGGAGAACCCGCCGGCGUCGAAAUCGGCCAUCGAAUCGAUGCCCACGAUUGAAAUAGUCUCGACCCAUGUAAAUUUGGACUCCCACUGCGCAGUGUGCAAAGAAGCCUUCGAUUUGGGUUCCGAAGCUCGAGAAAUGCCGUGCAAGCACAUAUACCACUCCGACUGUAUCCUUCCGUGGCUUUCUCUUCGCAAUUCUUGCCCUGUUUGCCGACACGAAUUGCCGGCGGAAUCACCAACUGGGCUGUAUUCCGAUUCGGGAAAUACGAACCGUGCUGAGGAAGCAGUUGGGCUGACUAUUUGGAGAUUACCCGGAGGGGGUUUCGCGGUGGGUAGAUUUAGUGGCGGGAGGAGGACCGGAGGAGGGACCAGUGAAGAAAGAGAACUGCCAGAAGUAUAUACAGAAAUGGAUGGAGAUUUUAGUCACGGAAGCGGCAGCAACAGCGUCGGCUUGCCGCGGAGGAUCGUGUGGGGUUCGAGGCGGAGAAAUGGGGGCAGAGACGGUGGUGGCGGCGGUGGAGGAAUGGGGAGGCUCAUUAGUAAUUUCGUUUCAUUUUUCAGGAGAUUUAGGUCCAGAGGUCGAAUCAGUAGGAGUCGGAGCGUGUCGGGUUCGGUUUCGGAAUCAAGUUUUAGUAGGUACGUGGGCCAGCGGAGUAGAGGUUUGGUUGUUGAAGAACAGAACGAAAUGGCUCGAUGGUAGCUUCUGAUAAAGAAAAUUAUUGCUAAUAUAUAUAUAUUGUAUAUUUUUUUGGGAAGAAAAUUUAAUUGUGAAAAAAGAAGAGGCCAGUUUGGUGGUACCAUGUAAAUAGGGGAAGAAAAUGUAUGUUGUAUAAUUAAAAAGCUCUUUUUUUUUUUAAUCAGGUUGAAGAUAAACGAGGUUGGAAGAGAUUUUGGGUGUAUCAGUGUUGGGAAAUGAGGUAGUGGUGGUUUAUGAAUUUCGGAACCAAAAAUAUGUCCGUAGCUUAUUUUUCCUAAUGAUGGAAUAUUUAUUCAUUCUUUA